CGCACGCCUCGAUUCAGUAGCCCUCCAGAAACGCCGAGCCGUGGAAGAGCGCCGAGUUCGAACGGGUUUCGAUUAGUUCGAAAAUAUAAUUACAUAUAUAGACAUACAUAUAGUUAAAUAUAUAAUAACUGGAUAUCAUGUCCGCGCCCACGCUGAAUCUGGCCGCCAUUGUCAAGGAGGCAAAGGACGAGGAGAUCCAAGUGCCCAAAUCGAACGAUUUCUUCGAGUCGAAAACCUUCCGCCUGCUCACCCUGGUGCUCUAUAUGGGCGGUGUCAGCGGCAUGGGUCUAACCCUGGCCAUGUACUAUCUGUUCAUCUGGGACUCGCGUAUGCCGCCGCUGCCCAUCUUCAAGCAUACGCAUCCCAUUGGCUAGACGGAGGACACAUGGACGACGGCAUCAAACACCAAACUCUACUCUCUUCCUCUUUAAUUUUUUUCUUUUUUGG